AUGGCCCGUCGUUUCGAAACGGGUUCAUCUAUGAGCAAACGAUACCGUCAAUCGCAGCCACUCUCGAAUUCGCAGUGGCGUCAGACGGCCAUGUCCGAGUCCCUCAUCGAACGGCUGCCGUCGGAGCUUCAACGGAUGGUCCUUUCGUACCUGGAUUACCAGUCCCUCAUCCACCUCUCGACGCUGAACCGAUACCUGCACCGUACGGUAGACCCCAAGCAGAUGGCCAAUCCUUGGGACAAAGCUCAGUUCAUCAUGCGGGCGGCGAGGGACUUUCCCCAGCACCGGCCGAGCGAGAAGGGUCAGGACUACCGACCAGGCAACUUCGAAUGCUACAUUUGCUUUCGGGUACGAUCCGCCGACCAUUUUGACAUGCUUCAACCCCAGGCCGCCUUUGUCGACCUCCACGGACGCAUCGUCCAAGGCCGGGAGCCCGAUGCACGAAUCGACUUCCAAGUCACGCUGCGACGUUUCUGCAUCGACUGUGGAGAAAGGAUCUGUGGGUUUGCAACUGCCGCCAAGUCCGUUCCAAGCCAGCUUGUCUCCGCUGUCCCGAUUGCCGCGGGGAUUGCCCGCUCCGACCACGACGGAAACCUUCUUUCCAUUAGCGGCAUCGGCGAAGCAGGACGGACAUGUCUGUGCCACCCCCCUGUCGUCUACUUGCGCCAUUCCUUUCUGGAUUUUCCUUCUCUGAAUACUCAAAAUGCUGCAGGAGACGAAGCAGAUGCUAGAUAA